ACAACACUUUGUGUUACCUGCAUCUCAACCAGCAGGUGCUACACGGUCCCUUCCUCUGUGUGUGAAGUUCUGUACACAAGGGUGGGGGACUUAACUGCAUGGCGGCAGUAAAACCCAGGACUAACUAUGCCAGUGAAUUUCCAGCCCUAAUUCUGAAGCCCUUGAGUUGAAAACGUUCUCAAAGAAGCCACUGUCUCCCCUCUCCAUGUCGAAAAGGAGGAGAUUUCGUGAUAAUCUCCUCUCGGGAGGCCUCUAGCUUGACAAAGCCCUUUCUCUUGUUAUCUUUAAGAUCUUGAUUAACAGAUGCAGCCACCCAGGAGUUUGCUGGACUCUCUCUCUCUCUCUCUCAGGUGCUUGCAUUGUGCACUGGCCAUGCCCCACUCCAUAAAAGGACCAAACACCUAGGCCAGCGAGGCCUAGCCGCCCAUCCCCCAACACUGAUGGGAGGAAACACUAGUCCCCAUCCUUAGAUCCAUCCAAUAGUAGGGAACGUUCAACCUUAGCUUGGCAGCGCCAAACUCGCUCUACCUGCCUCCUCCAGUUAUCAGGCCCUCCCCACCCAUCUCGGCCGCCUGGGGCCUUCUGACCCCAGAGCCAGACUGAAUUUAGGAGAGGAGGUGGGGCGGCGGCCCGAGAAGGCGGUGGCGCAGCGGUACCUAGUGGCACCGCCAGGCCACGUCCAGAGUACGUGGCACUGGGCCGUGGACCGACAGGGAGGGGACUGCGUUUUCUCCUCCCUGGGAGGAGCCUCCAGGCAUCCAGCAGCGGAGAUGGAGUCCUCGAAGGGAUCAGGGCGUGCAUUUGGUGAGAUCUUAUCAGAGUAAAGCAGGCAGGCGCCGGGCCGACACCUGGUUUUCCACGCUCCACUCGGCGAUAAGCCCACGUUUACCGGGAUAGCUGGAGAGGGCGGGGGCGAGGUGCUCGCCAGCCCGCAUGCGCAGAGCCGCCGCGGUCGGACUACAACUCCCAGAGGAGUCACGGGGAGGCCGCCGGCCCCGGCGCCAUCUUGAAAUCUGAUGCCUCCUCGCCCGGGCUUUGCGUCAGCCCUGAGCCUCUGCAACCGUCUGGGAGCCCUGCCUGCCCGCCCGGGAGGACGUAGAGGACACGGCGGCCCGCCGGAGAGACAGCUGUAGGGGGCCUUGGCAGCGUCGGCGCUCGGCUCGCAUCCUGUCACUCAGCAUCCCCCCGCCUCGGUGUUUCCGCGCCCGCCCCCUGCCCGAGGGGCGGGGCUGGCCGUGUGGUACCCAGAGCCUGCGCGCUCGGAGGUGCGCCCCUACCCAGUGAGGACCCCGGGCAGGACCAUGCCAGCCCCAGACAAUCGAGGUGGGAAGAGGAACGCAUCCCAGAGCCAGUGAGUAGCUCGCAGCUCGCAGCUGGGGCCGUUACCGAGACGCUCGGCCACCCUUCCCGGAGUAAAGAUGAAAGAGAUUUGCAGGAUCUGUGCCCGGGAGCUGUGUGGAAACCAGCGGCGCUGGAUCUUCCAUACCACGUCCAAGCUCAACCUCCAAGUUCUGCUUUCGUACGUCCUGGGCAAAGAUGUCACUCGCGAUGGCAGAGCCGAGUUUGCUUGCAGCAAGUGUGCUUUCAUGCUCGAUCGCAUCUAUCGAUUCGAUACUGUUAUUGCAAGGAUCGAAGCCCUGUCUAUCGAGCGCUUGCAGAAGCUGCUGCUGGAGAAGGAUCGCCUCAAGUUCUGCAUCGCCAGUAUGUAUCGGAAGAAUAACGAUGACUCUGGCGAGGAGAUCAAGGCGGGGAGUGGGACGGUGGACAUUUCCAGCUUGCCAGAUAUGAGGUACUCCGCACUGCUCCAGGAAGACUUUGCCUUUUCAGGGUUUGAGUGCUGGGUUGAAAAUGAGGAUCAGAUUCAGGAGUCACACAGCUGUCAUGGUUCCGAAGGCCCCGGAAACCGACCCAGGAGAUGCCGCGGUUGUGCGGCUUUGCGGGUUGCAGAUUCUGACUAUGAAGCCAUCUGUAAGGUUCCUCGCAAAGUGGCCAGAAGUAUUUCUUAUGCCCCCUCUAGUAGGUACUCGACCAGCAUUUGCACCGAAGAACCAGCACUGUCAGAGGUUGGGCCGCCAGACUUAGCAAGCACAAAAGUUCCCCCGGAUGGAGAAAGCAUGGAGGAAGGGACGCCAGGUUCCUCGGUGGAAUCUUUGGAUGCUAGUGUGCAGGCCAGUCCUCCCCAACAAAAGAUGAGGAAACGGAGAGGAGUACCAAAGAACUUCUGAAGUGUGACUAUUGUUCGGAUGACCAGGCUCCACAGCAUUUCUGUAACCACAAACUGGAGCUAG